AUGGCGCCCCCCCAGGUCUUCGCUUUCGGGCUUUUAAUCGCAGCGGCGACGGCGGCGGUGGCUACCGCUCAAAAAGACUGUCUCUGUGAAAACUAUAAGCUGACCACAAACUGCACUAUGAACAGCAAUGGUCAAUGCCAGUGUACUUCAAUUGGUACACAAAAUACUGUCAUUUGUUCAAAAUUGGCUACCAAAUGUUUGGUGAUGAAGGCAGAAAUGACUGGUUCAAAGUUGUCUGGGAGAAGAGCAAAACCUGAGGGUGCUAUCCAGAACAAUGACGGGCUUUAUGACCCUGAUUGUGAUGAGAAGGGGCUCUUUAAAGCCAAGCAGUGCAAUGGCACCGCCACGUGCUGGUGUGUGAACACUGCUGGUGUCAGAAGAACCGAUAAGGACACUGAAAUAACAUGCUCCGAACGUGUAAGGACCUAUUGGAUCAUCAUUGAGCUAAAACAUAAAACAAGAGAAAAACCUUAUGAUACUAACAGUUUGCAGACUGCUCUUGCAGAUGCAAUCACAACCCGUUAUCAGCUGGAUCGAAAAUACAUCACAAAUAUUCUGUAUGAAAAUGAUAUUAUCACUAUUGAUCUGGUCCAAAAUUCUUCUCAGAAAACUCAGAAUGAUGUGGACAUAGCUGAUGUGGCUUAUUAUUUUGAGAAAGAUGUAAAAGGUGAAUCCCUGUUUCUUUCCAGUAGAAUGGACCUGAAAGUAAAUGGGGAACAAUUGGAUCUGGAUCCUGGUCAAACUUCAAUUUACUAUGUUGAUGAAAAGGCACCUGAAUUUUCAAUGCAAGGCCUAACAGCUGGAGUUAUUGCUGUCAUUGUAGUUGUGAUAAUAGCAAUUAUCGCUGGAAUUGUUGUGCUUGUUGUUUCCAGAAAGAAGAGAAUGGCGAAGUAUGAGAAGGCUGAGAUAAAGGAGAUGGGUGAGAUACAUAGAGAACUGAAUGCAUAAGUACUAUAAAUGGAAGAGUACCAGAAGAGAAAUUAACAUGGACUUGGAUUACAAAUGUACAAGCAUGAGAGGAAGAGAAGAUUGAGGAUUACUAUUAUGUUAGUUAACAGCAUAUAAUAGUGAAACUUGUACUCAAAAUAUAAGCAGCUUGAAAUUGGCUUUACCAAUCUUAAAGUUUGACCACAAGUGUCUUAUAUAUGUGCAGAUAUAAUGCAAAACCCAGAACUUUUACUGCAUAGUUAAAAUUAUUUAUGUACAAUUUUGGACUGUGUGCAUUAAAUAGCAUUCCAUUGUAGA